GGCUUGUUAGGUAAAGUGAGAGAAGGGAGGGGUGAAAAGGAAACAGAGAGAGAGAAAGACAGGGAGAGAGAGAGCGAGAGAGCAUGGGUUUGGGCAGGGCUGUGGUUACCCAGCAUAAGCUCGCCUUUCCCUUCGGUGACUACACCCCGAGAGGAGGAGCGUGGUGUGCAGCGUAGUAGGCGUCAAGAUCCUCAAUUUCCAACUUAGCAUCUUGGCAGGGCAUUUUCCCAAGCAAAGCCCCCGUCCGACGGUUUAAAAAAAAAUAAAACUUCUCCACUGGCAUGAGAGCGACGGUGCAGCUCAGAUAAGGGAGCAGCAGAGAGACAAAACGACCCAAAACCUCCACCGGAGAGUAGCUGGCUGGCGACGAGCAAAAAAAAAAAAAAAAACAACUAAAAAAAUUCCACCCAGCGCUCAACCUCCUUUGACUUAAACCGUUUCCUUUUUUUUUUUUUCUUGCCUUCGCCGCUGUCAUUCAGCAGAGAGAGGACAGGCAGCGGGUGUGUGCAGCCCCGCAGCUCUAUAUGUGCUCCGAGAGCCGCGCGUAAGAAAAAACACGCGGGGGCAACAAAAGUGCGCGAGUUAAGUGGCUUCCCACUCUCUCCGAGCUCCAGCAUGGCGUAUCCUCAGGGAUACCUGUACCAGCCGUCCGCCUCCCUGGCCCUGUAUUCCUGCCCCGCGUACAGCACCAGCGUCAUAUCUGGACCCAGGACCGAGGAGCUGGGGAGAUCCUCCUCGGGCUCCGCGUUCGCGCCCUACGCCGGAUCUACGGCGUUCAGCGGAGCCUCGCCGGGAUACGGCUCCCACCUCCCGUACGGGGACGCGGCGGCCGCGGCCACUUUCACCUCCUACGUGAGCUCUCCCUAUGACCACACGACGGGCAUGGCCGGAUCGAUCGGAUACCACCCGUACGCGGCCCCCCUGGGCACCUACCCCUACGGUGACCCUGCCUACCGCAAGAACGCAACCCGGGACGCCACCGCCACCCUGAAGGCCUGGCUCAACGAGCACCGCAAGAACCCCUACCCCACCAAAGGCGAGAAGAUCAUGCUGGCCAUCAUCACCAAGAUGACCCUGACGCAGGUGUCCACCUGGUUCGCCAACGCCAGGAGGAGGUUAAAGAAAGAGAACAAGAUGACCUGGACGCCCCGGAACAGGAGCGAGGACGAGGAGGAGGACGAGAAUAUCGAUUUGGAGAAAAACGACGACGACGAGCCGAGCAAGCCGUUAGACAAGGGAGACUCUACAGACACAGAAGCAGAUCACAAACUACUGAACCCAGGGGACGUCGACUGUGACAGAUUUAAAGAGGAGAACCACGGCAAAGACAUGGAUCCCCUUCUGAGCGACUCGGAGUUAAAAGAGCAGGAGGAGCGGACUACAGAGUUGCUGGCGGAUUCCGCGAAACCGACCACGUCGUCUCCCUGCGCGGGGCCCCGGGGGAACCAGCCGGACAAGCCGUCAGACUUGAGCCAAACGCCGGGCGCCAUGGCCAGCAACGUCACCUCGGUCAUCCACUCGCCGCCGUCGGCCCCGAAGCCCAAACUCUGGUCCCUGGCGGAGAUCGCCACGUCCUCGGACAGGUGCCGGGGCAGCGGCGAGCCGCCGGCCGCCUGUCCGGGCCUGGGCCAGAGCGCCGUCAUGGUCAGCGGCGCGUCCCCCUCGCGGUCCUCCCCCCAGUGUCCGCUGCCCAACAGCACGGUGCUGUCCAGGCCGCUGUACUACACCUCCCCCUUCUACCCCGGGUACACGAACUACGGUGGCACUUUCGGACACCUCCACAGUCCCCACGGCUCCGUGAGCACGGGCUCCACGGCACAUUUCAAUGGAUUAAACCAGACUGUGUUAAAUAGAGCAGAGGCUUUGGUGAGGGAGAGCCAGAAAGUCAGAGGCCAAACGCAGGUAGAUCUUUGUAAAGACUCCCCUUAUGAACUAAAGAAAGCGAGGCAGUUGGGGUAG